UGCGGUUAUAAGUACAGGCGGAGGCGGAGUCUGGUGAUAAACGUGCGGCUAGCAGCUGAAGGGAAACUGACUGUGAGUGCGCCGAGGUUCUCCUUCCGCCCGUCCGUACGUGCAGAGAGCAGUCUGAUAUCGCUGGGAGGAAAAUGUCAUGCGGGCUGUGGAAAGAGACCCUGGUUCUGGCAGAGGACUACCUGUGCCUUUGCUGCACAAGCCCAGGGCCAGCCCCUCCACCUCCCAGCGAGUCAGCCGCUGCCAUGAGACGCAUUGCCCAGGACAUGGAGACACAGCACCAGGCUCGUUUCCACUCCCUUGCUCAGACCCUGCUGAGGCAGUGCGGGCCGGACCCCUGCUCUAGCCUCAGGAAGGUGAUGGAGGAGCUGGUGGGAGACGGACGCUUGAACUGGGGGAGGGUUGUUUCCCUUUUCACCUUUACUGGGGUGCUGGCCAGACAGCUGCAGGAGCAGAGGCUGGGGCUGGACCCCAGGCAGGGGCAGGAACUGGGACAGGAGCCCGGAAACUGCAGGGAACUGGCGGAGACCAUAGCUGAUUACCUUGGAGAGGAGAAGAAAGACUGGCUGCUGGAGAAUGAUGGAUGGGAGGGGUUCUGUAAGUUCUCUCAUGCCGCCAGAGAGGUGAACCACGACUCGUCGAUGAAGACGGUGCUUGUUGCCGCUGCUGGCGUGGGCCUGGCUGGACUCACCUUCCUCAUGGUGCGCUAGCUCAGACUUCUACGUCCUUAAAGCGUCCUCGUCCAUGUUCUCAUUUCAUUUGUCACAAUUAAGUAGGUGUGUGAAUUUUAACAUCAAUGCUGCAACAGGCUUAAUCUGUAGUGAAUUCAGGGUUGUGAUAUCAAGUCAUCAACAGAAUGUUUGCACAUACCCCCCACCCACACACACACACACACACACUUAUUAAUACUGACAUUUUGUCACUUGCUCCUUUUAAGAUUGUAAAAAUGAUCUCAAUGCCUUCAUACAUUUUGGAGUAAGUGACAUCAGUUUGCAUAUUUUCAAAAGGUUAAUUGCUAAAGCACAGGUUUAUACACAGAAUCUCCUUGCUCUCCCAGUUUGUGUUUUCAACUGUGCAGCUAAAAAACCUCUUUAAUUCCAAUUUUCCCACAGCUUUUGGUUGUUUUUUUUUUUUUUUUUAAAUUGUCAGCUGCCUUUCAUUCACGUGUUUACCUGAGUUGUGUAUGUGAUAUAGAACCAUUCUAGUGUACAAUGUAUAAAUUAAUAUAUUAUAUUUAUAUGAAAUGAAACUGUAAAGCAGUGGCCCUUUUCUAACUGAUCCACAGCUAAUUCAGUUAUUUCAUUGUUUUUAAGUCUGUCCUACAUUCAUGUGAAAUGUCUGAUUUACUUACAUGGUCAACGGGGCUGAUGUCAGUGCUGACGACCGCACAACGGUGCUAUGAUAUAAAUCAAUUUACCAAACCAGGGACCAAUCUGAAUUUAAACACAUUGAUAUUAGAACAAGCAGUUGCAUUUCCCCUCACAGAUCUCUUAAACAUUAUAUUUUUACAUUGUUUUGUUCUAUUUAUUUGUCACUGUCUUUGUAAUAAAAAAAAAAAAAAGCAAUCACGGAGUUUGUGAUUCUUGUGAUUGAGUGCGGUGA